AUGCAAUAGGCAAUAUUUAGUUAGUUUGACGAAAGAGUGGAAGUGAUGGGAAUGCCAUAUCCAUUGGGAUAAGGCAAAGAGAUAUUAGUGCAGCUUCUAACAAUAAUCCAAUAUGGAUUUAUUGCUGGUUUGAUUUUCUUCGACAAAUAAAUUAGUGAGAUGAGUAACUUUUGGAGAACUAAUAUAAGUCCAAGCAGAUUAAAAUAUGGGUUUUUGGGUUAUAUUGCUCUUAAUUUUGUUAUUACCCAACUUUCAUCAUCAGGAGCAUUUGAAAUAUUUGUAAAUGAUUAGUUAGUACAUUCCAAAAUCAGCAGUGGUUAGAUGCCUACUAUGGAUACAUUAUUCAGAAUUGUUAGGGAAAGACUAUAAUGAAAAUGGUUUGAAGGAUCGAUUAUAUAUGAGAAUGAGAGAUUUUAAGUAAAGAAAGUUAAAACUUAAGAUUUUGAUAAAUAUUGUUAUAUAAUUGAUUCUUUUGUUAUUAAUUUAUUAGUGAUGGUCAUAA